CCCAUCACUCUUCACUCAACUUCACCACACAGCCAAAUAUCAAACACUUUUCAAGAUCAAUCUUUAUUUCUAGCUUAGCCAAAUUUAAAAAAGAGCAAAAAAUGGGUAAAGACAUCGAAGUUGGUACUGAAUAUGCACCAAAAGACUAUCAAGACCCUCCACCAGCACCCUUAAUAGACCCUGAAGAACUAGGAAAAUGGUCAUUUUACAGAGCCAUAAUUGCUGAAUUCAUAGCCACUUUGUUAUUUCUCUACAUCACUGUCCUUACUGUAAUUGGCUACAAGAGCCAAAGUGACAUUGACCAUAAUGGUGAUCAAUGUGGUGGUGUUGGCAUUCUUGGAAUUGCUUGGGCUUUCGGGGGCAUGAUUUUCGUACUUGUUUACUGCACUGCUGGUAUUUCUGGCGGACACAUUAACCCUGCUGUAACUUUCGGGCUUUUCUUGGCCCGAAAAGUGUCGUUGGUUCGGGCUGUUAUGUACAUUGUGGCUCAGUGUUUAGGAGCCAUUUGUGGUUGUGGGUUGGUUAAGGCUUUUCAAAAAGCUUAUUAUGUUAAGUAUGGUGGUGGUGCUAAUAUGUUGAAUGAUGGAUAUAGCACGGGUACUGGUUUGGGCGCUGAGAUUAUUGGCACUUUUGUUCUUGUUUACACUGUUUUUGCUGCUACUGAUCCUAAGAGGAAUGCCAGAGACUCUCAUGUUCCUGUAUUGGCACCACUUCCAAUUGGAUUUGCGGUGUUUAUGGUUCACUUGGCAACAAUACCUGUUACUGGAACUGGUAUUAACCCUGCUAGGAGUUUUGGGGCUGCUGUUAUUUAUGGCAGUGACAAAGCCUGGGAUGACCAAUGGAUAUUUUGGGUUGGUCCCUUUAUUGGAGCUGCAAUUGCUGCAUUUUACCACCAGUUUAUAUUGAGAGCUGGAGCUGUUAAAGCUCUUGGUUCAUUCAGGAGCAAUGCCUAAUUGAAGAAAUCUGUAUUUAUGAGAAAUGAAGUCAAAGCAUGGUCAAAGUUUCCGAAUUCAUAAGGGAUAUAUCGAUGAUGAAGAAACUGUAUAUAAGUUGUUUGAGAAGAAGUCUCUUUAAAUUAUGGUUUCUUUUGUUAUUAGAGUGGUCUGGCAGUUUUGGCACUUGUUUUUACUGUGCCAGAAAUUAUCACUGCUGCUUGUGUUCUUGUUUGCCUAUGCUUGUUUGAGCACCAAAAUAAUGGAAUUAGCAAUUACAUGUCA